UUACGUUGAACAAAAAGAUAAAUUAGUCGCAUGACCUUUGUUUUGAAAUUCUUGAGAAUAAGAACCGGAAAUAAAUUCCAUUUAUAGCAACAACCUGGACUUCAUAUCUGUUCGAACUUUGUGACACAACCCUGAAACAUGGCACCGACAGGAAAAAUAGUAUUUGGUAGUCCGGCACAAGUAUGUGCCAACAACCGUCUACGGUGGGACCUGACCCCAGAUCAGAUCCACCAGCUCUCUGAUGAUCUGAUUUCCAAGACCAAGAUGGUUUAUGAUUCGGUUGGGUCUUUGGAAUUGACCUCCGUGAUCUAUGAGAACACACUGAAAGCCCUUGCUGAUGUAGAGGUGGAGUACACAGUCCAGAGAAAUAUGCUGGAUUUCCCUCAGCAUGUGUCCUCCUGCAAGGAAGUGCGCACAGCCAGCACUGAGGCUGACAAGAAGUUGUCGGAGUUUGAUGUAGAGAUGAGCAUGAGAGAGGAUGUCUACAAGAGGAUUGUAGCCCUGGAGAAGCUUGAUGUGGACUCCCUGAACCCUGAAUCUAAGAGGUAUAUGGAGAGACUUAUCAAACUUGGCAAAAGGAAUGGUCUCCAUCUGCCCAAGGAGACACAAAAUAUGAUCAAGAAUAUCAAGAAAAAACUGAGCAACCUAUGUAUUGACUUCAACAAGCAUCUAAAUGAGGACACCACUAGCUUGGCUUUCACCAGAGAAGAGUUAGGUGGUCUCCCUGAGGAUUUCCUGAGCUCGUUGGAGAAGGACGUAGAGGACAAGCUGAAGAUCACCCUGAAGUACCCCCACUACUUUCCCACCAUGAAGAAGUGCUUUGUUCCAGAGACCCGCAAAAAGUUGGAAGAGGCCUUCAACUCUCGCUGCAAAGAGGAGAACUCAGCCAUCUUAAAGGAACUGGUACAGCUGAGAGCCGAAAAAAGUGCCCUGCUUGGCUUCAGCAGCCAUGCUGACUUUGUCCUGGAGAUGAACAUGGCAAAGUCUGGCAACAAGGUGGACGCUUUCCUAGAGGAGCUGGCCCAUAAGCUGAAACCCCUUGGCGAGGAGGAGAGGGCAGUGAUCCUAAAACUAAAGGAAAAGGAGUGUCUGAAGAGAGGCCAGCCCUUCAAUGGGGAACUGUAUGCCUGGGACACACGGUAUUACAUGACCCAGGUGGAGGAGACCCAAUAUGCAGUGGACCAGAACCAACUGAAGGAGUUCUUCCCCAUGGAAGUGGUGACGCAGGGUUUGUUGGAAAUCUACCAGGAGUUGUUGGGCCUUUCUUUCGAACUUGUGGAAGGCGCCCCUGUGUGGCACCCAGACGUCUCACUCUACUGUGUUAAGGACAGUACAUCAAGCCAGGAGCUGGGCCAGUUCUACUUGGACCUCUUCCCACGAGAGGGUAAGUAUGGCCAUGCUGCCUGCUUUGGCCUGCAACCUGGCUGUCUGCUGCCCGAUGGUACCCGGCAAAUGUCUGUUGCAGCUAUGGUGGCCAACUUCAGCAAGCCCACAACUGACGCCACCUCAUUGCUGCAGCACGACGAGGUGGAGACCUACUUCCAUGAGUUUGGCCAUGUCAUGCACCAGCUGUGCGCUCAGACGGACUAUGCCAUGUUCAGUGGAACCCAUGUAGAGCGUGACUUUGUGGAGGCACCUUCUCAGAUGCUGGAGAACUGGGUGUGGGAAAAGGACCCACUACAACGCAUGUCCAAACACUACAAGACUGGCAAGCCCAUCCCCGAUGACCUGCUGGACAAACUCAUUAAGUCCCGGCUAGCCAAUACUGGCCUGUUCAACCUGCGGCAGAUUGUACUGGCCAAGGUGGACCAGGCACUGCACACCAAGAAUGGUCUGGACCCAGCUGAGGAGUAUGCCAGACUGUGCCAGGAGAUCCUAGGAGUGCCCGCCUCUUCAGGGACCAACAUGCCUGCUACAUUUGGCCAUCUGGCUGGUGGUUAUGAUGCCCAGUACUAUGGCUACCUAUGGAGUGAGGUCUUCUCCAUGGAUAUGUUCUACGCUCGCUUCAAGCAGGAGGGCAUCAUGAACCCCAAGGUUGGUCUGGACUACAGAAACUGUAUUCUGAAGCCUGGUGGCUCUGAGGACGCUGCUGUAAUGCUCAAAAACUUCUUGGGCCGGGAGCCAAAGCAGGAAGCGUUCCUCCUCAGCAAAGGACUGACAGUGGAUAUAGAGUCAGGCACUCCAUGUGCCUGUUGACCAGUCACAUCCAGCUCACUGUACUCACUGCUGAUCAACCAUACACACAGGAUUAACGUUUUAGAAACAAUGUAAAAAAUAAAA